AUGAAUCGUGAAGACAUAAAGGAAGCAAUCUCAACAUAUCUACCUGACCUGGCUGCUCAAACUCUUACAUCCCUCCUGGAGGUGUUGGAAGGGCUUGGUGUUGAGAGUAGAGCAGACCUUAUUUUUCUUCAAGAGAAUGAUCUGGUGAGAUGUCUUCGACCAAUUCAGUUCCGCAAGCUGCUGAAUGGCCUUAAGAAUGAAGCACUUCCAGUAGUUGAAAUGGAAUUUGCAGCUGUCCCCUCUUCACCUCUCACAAGUACUCCUGAUCCCCAAUCCUUGAGUUCAGCAACAAGUUCAAGCCCCUCUUUGCCUUCAUCUCCACAUGCUGGCAGGCCAUGGUAUACAGACUUUCAGGUCAGAUGGAACAUGAUGCCAGCAGCAAUUCGAAGAGCAUUGUCAAAUCACAAAAGACCAUCACCAGGGGACAGAAAAGACAUGGUAAGGGCAGUUGUUGACCAGAUGUUUGAGCAUGAUCUCAACCCAACAAGAGCAAUAUGUCACAGCAUCGCCCGGAGCAUUGUACGGGAAUACCCUAAAUGUUUUGCUGAUGUUGGGAAGAAAGGUGACAUUGUUGGAGAUGGCAGUUACUCUCUCCUCCAACAAAUUAAAGCAAGAGUGGAAUACAAGAACAGAAAAAAUUCCCUUGCACGGCGUCGCAGAGAAAAACGGCCACGCACUGCAGUGGUAGAGGGGGGCAGACUAACAGCAAGAGGCCCUGUGGAUCAGUAUGGCUGUGUGAGGUGGAGUCCUGCAGAACUCCCAUCUGGAGAAACUAUGGAGAGCUUGAAUGAAAUCAAAAAACAACUGUCUAACAUCUAUUCGGAGAAAGGAAUUGGCGGGGAAGAGACAGCAGAACCUCUGAUGGAGAAGACAUAUGUUAUUCAACGCCAGUACCUUAACAGUGUCCCUGCACCAGCAGUUGCAGAGAUUCAGAAGGAGUGGCCUUUUCUUUUUUCACAGAAAGGCCUUUACAACCACUUCGGCCUACUGACAGAUGUCUCCAUCCUUGUUAAAAUGCAAGAGGCCAUGAACAACAAAGGCAGUACCAUCAUUCGGUUUUGCCAGGAACUCAGCCGUCAUCCCAAAAUUGAAGAAAUCCUAGCUGAUUACGAGCCAGAGACCUCAAACAAGGCUGUAUGUGUUCUUCUACUCCUGAUGGCGUACUUCAAAGAACCCAAAACAUCCAUCAUACUUGAGGUCGAUCCAUGUGCCACUGCUGCGGAUGUGCAAAGGACACAGGAGCUGCCAAGCACCCCCUGCUUGAUUGUACAACGUGACCUGAUGAAGCCAAGGGCAUGGCUGUUGUCGAUCGAGGAACAAGUGGUGAUGGGACCACACAGGAACAUGUUAAACGGGUUGGCUGCGCUUUUUUCCAGCUUCUACAAUUUUAAUCUUCAGUACCCUGAAGAGAGUUCCUGUACUUUGGAGUUUAUUCAGAGAUGCUUCCUGGGUAUCAAUCCAGAAAGUGGAUCCAAGACAAAGAGGAAGCGUGGAGGCAUCAAUGCACAUGUAAGCACUCUAAUGCGCAAACUGGUAGAUUUUGAGUGGCAGGGAGUGUAGGAUUUUUUCAACUUGAGAGUAUCCAAAAAAAGUUGAACUAUCCAUACAUUAGUUGGAAUCGUUGUACUGUUGUACAUUUUUGCACAUUUUAAUUUUAAUUUUUAAAGCUGUUUGUAAAGGGUGUCCCAUUUGUCAUGACCCCUUGUUUCCAUUUGCAGCCAUUUUGAUUUCAUUUAUUGUUUUUAAUAUUUACGAUUUGUUCUGAAUAAGUUGGGGGCAUGUUUAACUGCCUAUGAAUGUUGCUGUUGAAUGUAAUUGUACUUUGCACUUAUAAGCUUGAUUAAAAAGUGAAAAC